ACAGUUUUUGGAAAAUUUAAACAUGGAGAUCGAAAGCAUUAUGGCAAAUAAUGCUCUUAUUAAAGCCAGGGAAGGUGGAGGUGGAAAAGGGAGAAGCUGGAAAUGGAAAGAGCUGCUUCGAUUUCCUCAUGUCCGCCAGUGUAUGGACCUGGCCAUGAACAUAGAACGAGACUACUUCAGUCUAUGUGUGAGGCAGCCUAUUGGCAAGAAACUGUUUCAGCUGUUCUGUCGGAGUAGGCUUGAUCUGCACGUAUACGCAUCCUUACAGGAUGCUCUGGAUAACUUUGAGACAAAAUCAGAUGAGGAAAGAAGAGAGUUCGGCAUCAGCAUCAUUCAGAGAUUCCUCAUGCGUCAGUCUAAGCAGCGUGUGGAGGUGCUGCAGAAGUAUGAGCAGAGCUGCAGACGCUCUCUGGAGCUCGACCCUUGUGGGGACGUCUUUCAUGACUGCAGAGAAGAUCUACAUCGAUACCUUAGUGGCCAUCCCUUCCUUCAGUACCAGGACAGCAUGUUUUUUGAGCGUUUCCUACAGUGGAAGAUGUUGGAGAGGCAGCCUAUCACCAAGCACACGUUUAGACAGUACAGACUGCUGGGAAAGGGCGGGUUUGGAGAGGUGUGGGCUUGUCAGGUGCGCGCAACAGGACAAAUGUAUGCCUGCAAAAAGCUGGAGAAGACGCACAUCAAGAAGAGGAGAGGAGAGUCCAUGGCUCUCAAUGAGAAACAGUUAUUGGAAGGGCUUGACAGUAGAUUUGUGGUGAAUCUGGCCUAUGCCUAUGAGACCAAGCACUCUCUCUGUAUAGUUUUGACCAUGAUGGAUGGUGGGGACCUGAAGUACCAUAUUCAUAAACUUGGUCCCCCCGGCCUUGACAGUGACAGAGUGCGGUUCUACGCUGCAGAGGUUUUCUGCGGUCUGAACCACCUACACCAACAGGCCAUAGUUUACAGGGACCUGAAACCAGAAAACGUCCUCUUGGAUCUCAAUGGGCACAUCCGUAUCUCUGACCUGGGCCUGGCUGUGAGGCUGUCUGAGGGGAACCUGGCGCAGGGCAGGGUGGGCACUGUGGGCUACAUGGCUCCUGAGGUGAUCGGUCGAAAGUAUUAUGGGAUGAGUCCUGACUGGUGGGGCCUUGGUUGUCUGAUAUAUGAAAUGACUGCAGGACAGCUGCCAUUCCGGGCGCAAGGCGAGCAUCCGAAAGUAUCAGAAAUGGAGAGAAGGAUUCAAACAGAGAAGGAGAAAUAUGACGCGAUGUUUAGCAUUGAGGUGAAGGACAUCUGUAGCUUGCUGUUGACCAAAGACCCAGAGCAAAGGUUGGGUUGCCAGGCCGCAAAGGAGAAGGAUGUUCAAUCUCAUCCUUUCUUCCAAUCCAUCAACUUCAGGAUGCUGGAGGCAGGACUAGUGGAGCCUCCAUUUAAACCUGAUCCCAGACUGGUGUACUGCAAUGAUGUGCAGGACAUUGAGGAGUUCUCGACAGUGAAGGGAGUCAGUCUGGACCAAACAGACAGUGACUUCUACAGCAAGUUCAACACGGGCAGCGUCCCUCUGACCUGGCAAAAUGAGAUGAUAGAGACGGGGUGUUUCAAGGAGCUGAACUUGUUUGGACCUCAAGGAUCUCGCACUCCAGACCUGGACUGGUCCCAGGCCCCUGGGAGUCCCAAACGCAGCCUGCUGGACCGCAUCCUCCGCAGGAAUCCUCCACCCUUGUCCGAAGACCAUGUCAAACAGUCUUUGCUCUCCAGUGAAGGCUCAAUGGGGUCAGGGCUGAUCAGCACUGCCCUCUAGGGACCGUGUCAGUAACAGCAGCUGCUCUGGUGCAGCUGGACAAUAACAAUAACUUGCCCCUGUUGGCUGGCAGAGGACAGUAAAGGCUACGCUGCAAAACGCAAUUGCCGAGGAGUGCUGCUACCACCAGGAAAAAUGUCUUUUGACCACUCAGGGUUAUGCCAUUGAUCUCAUACUUGCUUUACAGGUAAAAGAGCGAAGUAUAACUUCUGUUGUCAGUUCAGUAGAUGCAUAACAUCAGUAUAACUGGUGUUACGUUUUUCUGUUUGUUUUAAAUGAACCGCCAUAUGAGCCAAAGAUAAUUUUCCACAAAUAAGUUAGAGAAUCAAGUUGUCUAAUCUACCAGGGAGGUAUUCCAUGAUGCAGGAUUUGAAAGUCUCCUGAAAACUGGAAGACAUUAUUCUGUACCCUGGUGAUACUGAUUUGAAUGUGUAAAAUAGAACUUGAAUGAUUGAAUUGUUUAGGAAUACGAUGCAGUCGUCCUUAUUGAUGACUGCUAAUAAUAAACUAAGCUAAGCUGAUAAGUGCAAGAUUUAGCACUUUUUAUGCAUCAAAUCUGCAAAAGUUGAUAUUUCUUCACUGACGCUAAAACCGUUUUCACCAUCUGCAGCAUUAUAUAUAAAAAAAAAAAAAAUCGCUGAGCCA